AUAAGAACAGAAAUCCAGCUGGCUUCAGACUUCAGUCGAAGACAUUACCAGACAACUUCAUUUAUUAACAUACCAUAGACUGCACAGAAACUCCAGACAUGGGAUCAGAACCCAUUGAACUGGCAGCCCUAGGAAGACCUCUCUUUCCUGGUAUGCUGUAUGACUGCCGCAAGGAUUCCUUAAUUCCAGGUGUUACUUUGUGGGAUAAGAAAUCACUGAGUGAAGAUUUGGACAGUCAUCUUAAGCUCAUGACAGAUUUGAAGUUCAGUAGCUCUGACUCUCUCUCUAGUAAGGCCAGUCUCCUGAACAUAAGCGCUUCACUGAAGGCCAGCUUUUGUGGGGGGCUGGUGGAGGUGGGAGGAUCUGCCAAGUUCCUGCGAAACACCAAAUCCUCCAACCAACAGUCCAGAGUAACAAUGCAUUACAGUGAAACCUCGAGAUUCGAUCAACUCACUAUGACUCAGCUGGGCCAGAUCACCUACCCUCAGGUGUUUGACCAGAAAACUGCAACUCAUGUGGUCACGGCUGUGCUGUACGGAGCUCAGGCCUUCCUGGUUUUUGAUCGCUCAUUUGCAGAAGAUGAAAACAAGCAGGAGAUUGAGGGAGAACUAGAUAUCAUGGUCAAGAAGAUCCCUGGAUUUUCCAUUGAGGGAAAAGGAGCUUUAAAAAUGACAGUUGAGGAUAAUAAAAAGGCUGAGAAUAUCAACUGCACAUUUCAUAGUGACUUCAAUCUUGAGCAGAGUCCCACCACAUACAUGGAAGCCCUAGAGCUGUACAAGAAGCUCCCCACUCUACUGAAGGAGAAUCCACAGAAUGCAGUGCCAAUAAAAGUCUGGCUCUAUCCUCUUUCCCUAGUAGAUACAAAAGCAGCUCAGCUGAAGAGAGAAAUCAGCACACGUUUGAUUUCCAACAUUGGAGAUAUGAUGGAUUGGCUGGGGGAUGUAGAGAGGACAUGCAAUGACCUGUGUGGAAGAACAGAGGUAAAUGUUUUCAGUGACGUCAAAGAAAGGCUGUGCUCAUUUCAGGAUUCAUUUAGCAUUUACAAGAUAGUGCUCCAGAAAGCACUGGCCAGAGUCUUGCCUGCCAUUCGAGGAGGAGGUAUGGAGGAACAAUCCCUGGAAGACAUCCUGAAGAUACACAGCAGCUCCCCUUUUAAUGCUGAAUUACUUAACCAAUGGUUAGAUGAUGCAAAGUCUGAACUUAACUUGUUGAAUAAAAACAGCAAGACACUAAAUGAGAUCAACAUUGCAGAUUCAGACGGGCUCAGCGCCAUCCUUCUUGAUCCUGAUGUUGAUGUAGUGUUGUGCUUGACUUUCACAUCUCUAAAAUAUGAAGACCCAUAUCUUUCAACCCUGACAGAGUUUCUAAAAUCUGACACGUUUAAAGAGCUAGAUGAAAUAAAACCCCUGCAUUCUGUGAGAUCAGACAUCAGGAAGUGGUUCAAAGAUCCUGAUGUCAUUGCAAAGAUGAGAGAGAACUUACAUCUCUUCAAGAGAUUUUCAGAGGCCAAUAAAAAUGAGAAGAGUAUCCAAUUCAUUAUAUCUGCCAUCUCCAGUCGCACCAUUCCAGGCUCCUCCAUCUAUCUGUAUGAAAAUGGGAAACUGACAGACACAAAGUUUCAGCCCGUGUCCAAGCCGCCCCCACCAGUAGUGAAGAAUGUCCUGGACUCAUCUGUUUCCCUGAAACUGCAGAAGUCCCCAACUGGAGAAACAGUGAAGUACAGAGUGGAGUACAAGCAGAUCAAAGCAAAUUCUGGAGCUGAGGAACAAUGGGUUGUCAUUGACACAACUGAUGAAGACUUCAGCCUUACUGAACUGGUAUCUGGAAAGCAGUACCUGAUCCGCUACAGGAUACUGGGUAAAGUGGGAGUGAGUGAAGCCAGUGAAACUGUCAGUCCUACGCUCGCUUUAAUCACCAACUGGACCAGGGACGACUUCCUACAAUGGUUCUUCCCUGAGAUCUGGAACCAGGGCCUCAUCAGCCCGAUUUACAAGAAUGGAGACCCCAACAAAUACUGA